UGAGAAGGCUUCCGAGGCAAGCCCAUGGCUACCUUCUCCUCUGCUCCAUUGCAUUCCUGCAGACAUGAAGAUCGCAAUGAUCUUUGUUGGACUUCUCGGACUGUUCAUCAUUCCUGGUCUUUCUGGCUAUAAUAUCAACAUCAGUGAUGACAAUAACGCUGAUGGAAGCGGGCAGCAGACAGUGAGUGUCAACAACGAGCACAAUGUGGCCAACGUCGACAAUAACAAUGGCUGGAACUCCUGGAACACCCUCUGGGAUUAUGACGCUGGCUUCGCUGCAACCAGACUCUUUGCCAAGAAGUCGUGCAUUGUGCACACACUGAACAAGGAUGCCAUACCCUCCAUUGAAGCUCUUGAUGCACUGGCCAAGGAAAAGAAGGAAAAAGGAGCAGGGGGACCACCUCCCAAGGGCCUGGUCUACUCCAUCAACCCUGUCAAAGUUGAUGACCUGAGCCAGUUUGGAAAACACAUUGCUGGCAUGUGCCAGGGGGUUCCAACAUAUGAGGCUGAUGAGAUUCAAGAUGCAAGCCUGUUUUAUUACUCAGGAAAGUGCUUCAAUACAAAUGUCCUCUGGAUUCUGAAUAUUUCCUACUGUGGAAAAACAGUGGAGAACUAAAAAAAAUUUUAAAGUCGCUCUGGAUUUGGUCAUCAGAAUGUGCUAUGCAGAAACCAUGGGAUAUAACAGUUGUUAUCAUGUAAUCUGCUAGUUAUGCUUGCUUUAUGUCUCAAUAAAUUUGUUUAGCACUGAA